ACCCGAGCCAGCGCCCCUGCGCGCCACACAAGUUAGAACACGCGCUCGCCCACCGAGGAGAAGACGCUCGAGACGUCAGUUGAACAUGGCGUUGAGCUGGAGAGCUGUCACUAGUCUACAGCAGGGGGAAACAAACGCCGCCAGGGCCACAACGUUUAUCUGACAGUUAGCGACGGGAGUACGUCAGACUGCCGGAGCCUGUCCGAGUAUAUUUAUCUGCGUUUCAUCCUUUUUUUUCCGCCACUUCGGGGGACUAAAGCUGAAGAAAAAGGGGCGGUGGAACAGCGGAGUUGACAGCCAGCCUCUGCUAACGUUAACCCGGACAGUUUGAGCACAAAAUGCGGGACAACCUUUCAAGCUGACUGACGUUAACGUACGCGGUGGGGAGCUACUAUCGAUUUGAAUCGCUCGGUUAUUUGGGUUAACUCUUCCUGCACACAGAGCGGUUGUAACGAUAAUAACAAUAUGGUUCCGUGAUCUGUUGCUCGUAAUUCGCUUGUCAGGUCCACAGCUAAUACUGUCAGCUCAAACCGACUCACCUGAGCGUCGUAUGCCGUGUUUAUAUUGUGUUUUUUUUACGACAAAACGUUAAAGAAAUGUCAGAUAACCAGAGCUGGAAUUCCUCCGGUUCCGAGGAGGAUUUGGAGCCGAGAGAGGAGCCGGGACACCCUGUAGGUAUCGCUGAGUUCAGCGGCAUCCUCAGCAAGUGGACAAACUACAUCCAUGGGUGGCAGGACCGUUGGGUGGUUCUGAAGAACAACACACUGAGUUACUACAAGUCUCAGGAUGAGACAGAGUAUGGCUGUCGGGGUUCCCUCUGCCUUAGCAAAGCUGUUAUUACUCCUCAUGAGUUUGACGAGUGCCGACUGGAUAUAAGUGUAAACGACAGCGUUUGGUACUUAAGAGCACAAGACCCAGAACACAGACACCAGUGGAUCGACUCCAUCGAGCUGCACAGGAGUAUCAGAGAAGGAAGGAGAGAGAAAGGAGGAAUCCAGGGAACAAUAAUCAUCCCUCCACCACUGGCUGAUUCUGGAUAUGGCUCCGAGUCCAGUCUGCGGAGACAUGGCUCCAUGCUGUCUCUCACAUCAGCCACCAGCGGCUACUCCGCCACCUCCACAUCCUCCUUCAAGAAGGGCCACAGCCUGAGAGAGAAGCUGGCAGAGAUGGAGACCUUCAGAGAUAUCUUGUGCAGGCAGGUGGACACGCUUCAGAAAUACUUUGACAGCUGUGCAGACGGCGUGUCCAAAGACGAGCUGCAGAGAGACAAAAUUGUGGAGGAUGAUGAGGAUGACUUCCCCAACACCCGGACAGACGGAGAGUUUCUGCACAACAACAAUGGCAGCAAAGAAAAAUUGUUCCAGUCCUUGAGUCCCAAGGGAAUUAAUGGCAUAGACUUUAAGGGUGAGGCCAUCACAUUCAAGGCCACCACAGCCGGGAUCCUGGCCACUCUGUCCCACUGUAUCGACCUCAUGGUGAAGAGAGAAGACAGCUGGCAAAAGAGACUGGAUAAGGAGAUGGAGAAGAGGAGAAGAAUAGAGGAAGGCUAUAAAUCAGCCAUAAAUGAGUUGAAGAAGAAGUCUCACUUCGGAGGUCCCGAUUAUGAGGAAGGUCCAAACAGCCUCAUAAACGAAGACGAAUUCUUCGAUGCAGUCGAAGCUGCUCUUGACAGACAAGACAAAAUAGAAGAACAGCAGUCUCAAACUGAGAAGACAAGAAUACAGAGAUCCAGUCCAGUUCCUCCUGGAGACGUCUAUUCCAGCACCGGCACACACAGAUUCUCUGACAAGCUUCAUAGUCAGUCCUCCCCUGCUCUGAUAGUCAGGGCUCCUCCUCAGGAAGUCCACAGAUUCAGCGCAGAGGUGGAGGAGAUGGUGCAGAAUCACAUGACCUACUCCUUGCAGGAUGUCGGUGGAGAUGCCAACUGGCAGCUGGUCGUAGAGGAGGGAGAGAUGAAGGUUUACAGGAGAGAGGUGGAAGAAAACGGGAUUGUUUUAGACCCUCUGAAGGCCACACAUUCAGUAAAGGGGGUGACGGGUCACGAGGUCUGCCACUACUUCUGGGACACUACCUACCGCAACGACUGGGAGACCACUAUUGAAAACUUCAAUGUCGUGGAGAAGUUGUCGGACAACGCGGUAAUCACGUAUCAAACGCACAAGCGGGUGUGGCCUGCGUCUCAGAGGGACGUGUUGUAUCUGUCUGCCAUGAGGAAGAUCUUGGCCAACAACGAGAACGACCCAGACACCUGGCUGGUCUGCAAUUUCUCCGUGGAUCACGAGGACGCACAGCCGACCAACAAGUGCGUCCGUGCCAAAAUCAACAUCGCCAUGAUCUGUCAGACCCUGGUCAGCCCACCAGAGGGAGAUAAAGAGAUCAGCAGAGACAACAUCCUGUGUAAAAUCACCUACGUCGCCAAUGUGAAUCCCGGAGGCUGGGCUCCUGCCUCCGUGCUCAGGGCCGUGGCUAAGAGGGAAUACCCCAAGUUCCUCAAGCGCUUCACCUCCUACGUCCAGGAGAAAACUGCUGGCAAACCCAUCUUAUUCUGAGACUCACAGAGCACAAGAACAGAACUGCACGCGAAGCUUUGAGGAGCUGCUGUCUGCAGAACCAGUAACCAGUCAACAUCCUCAAGUGAUUUUGUUUGUUUUUUGUUCUUUCUUAGCUGCAGGUUAGUUCCAGUAGGGGAGGGAAGGGUCAUGAUGGCGCCCUCUGGUGGCUGCAUUCAAACCAUUGAGUAAAGUAAAAUGUUGUAAUGAGAGAAAUAACUACUUGUUUCUCCUCUUCCUUGUGAUUUAAUUGAUAAAAUACUUCAUUAUAUUGAGUAUUAUAGUAGAUAUAGUUAUAUAAUAUAAAAGCUACAUCAGUCUCCUGAAUGAAUGCACUCAGCAGUGGGCUGACGUGUCGCCUUCCUUCCCUUUCAGCCGCAGUUUCUUUGAUGCUCCUGUAGAAGUCAGACAGGUCGUGUCUCUUUUCUGGCAGAUAUAUUAAUAUAUAUAAAUGUACGUAUGUUCCAUAAGAGGUUUGUAAAAAAGAAUAAGCAAAAAAAAACUCUUCUCUAAUAGACUGAACUAUUUUCUUCUUGCCAUUUCUAGUUUGUUUUUCAUAAUUAAUAAUUCCCCAGCGUUCUUUUGAAGCUGCUAAUUUUUUGCUAGUAAAACUUCAAAUGAAGAUGAUUAUUAUCUUAUUGGUGUCAAGUCCAGAGGGUUGUCAUGACAACACAUGACCCCAAUGAUAUAAGACUUGACCGUUCUGACUUCAGUCUCUCUCAUGAAAACACCUGCUGUGGGUGCCGAUGGUGAGACGAGUCACAUAUUUAAUGUACAGAAGAUAUUUCAUGUACAUUAUUCGCUUGGCUUUAUAAUUGUGUCAUUUUCUUUUUUUUUAAAUGUGUUGUAGUGAAACAGCACAUGUGAAUGUUUAAUGAACUGUAAAUAGCGUCACUAACAUUUCUGAAGUCGAGCCCGAAUGCCUUAGCGUUAGAAGAAAUCUAGUUUCACAUCAGACGGGAUGAAGCGUGCUGUUGGUGCACCUGUUAAAUCACUAGAGAAGUGCCUCAUGGCUGUGCUCCCCUUACUGUCUUUUUAAAAUUGAUCUUACAGAUGGUAUUUCAUCUGCAUGUGUGUGUGAGAGGACUGGCAGGAGAUUUUUUUACCAGUAUUAUAAGAAGUCAUCAGAUUCAUUUUAGCAUCAGCGUUUUUCCACCCCGACCUUUCUGUCAGUGUUUCUGUUAUUUACAUGAGCUUCAUGUGUUCUGACAGUAUUUAAACUUCAGUCAGAUCUUUGUCUCUUUGUGUUUUCUGUCUUUAAAACUGUUGCUAAUAUACGAGCAGGGCUGCAAAAUCCAGAGUUUAAUAAGGAUUUUUUCAUAGUAACAGUUGACUUAUUAACUCUUUAUUGGCUGUUUUUAUUUACUCAUCUGUGAACAUUUUUAAAUGCUUUUUAAAGUAAAACUCUGGACUUUGCAGUUUUGCAGUUGAUAGAGAUUCAAGCAGACAGAAUUCAGUUUUCAUCACCUUCAUAGUUUUGCAGACUCUUCUCAUUUGAUUCAUACUGGAGCAUCAGUACCUGCCUGACUUUGUUUAGUAAGAUUUCCACCUGUAAACAGCACAAAAACCUGUUUUUCUUUGGUCAAAUCAAUGAUAGAUGUGAAGCUAUUUUAUCAAUCCUUAGAUGGAAUCAGAGCUUGUAUCUACUGUAAAUGAGAGACAGAGUGAAUCCCCUUCAUCUAAAGCAGAUGUUUCUAAUACAAGUUUAGUUUAAAGUUGUUGAAACUGAAUGUAAUUAGAAAAAACAUUAUUUUGUAAAUAAUUUGUUCAUACUAACGCUGUGGGAUCAACUUAUAAAUGUACUGUGACAAGGUGGCAUCUCUCCUGCCCUGUUUUAAAAGUGAAAUAAAUAAGUUUAUCCUCCA